AUGGUACUGAAGGAGGAAGUAUUCGAAAUGUGUAUGAGGGAACUGGGAAAAAUCAUUUGUGGUGGUGGCAAUGGUAGUGGUGGUGGUGGUGGUGGUGUUGCUGCUGCUAAUCAUCAAAAAGUGCAACUGACAAUGCAAAGAAAAACUCAAACUUGCUGCAUUACCUACCCUUCCAUGCCUCUGAAUGUUGAUGAUGAUGAUGAUGAUGAUAACGAAGACGAUAAUAAUGAUGAUAAUGAUGAUGAUGAUAAUAAUGAUGGUGAUAACGAUGAUGAUAAUGAUAGUAGUAAUGAUGAUAAUGAUGGUGAUGAUGUCCUCAGCUGCUAUGCCAUCAUAAUUCUUGUUGCACUUAUACUGCUCUAA